AUGGGACAAAGUAAUUUCUGCCACAAGAAGUCACCUCCCCCAUUUGUUUCCUUUUGUUUUUCUCUCUCUUCAUCUCAAUUUCCACACCUAACACCAAGAAUGAUUUAUGAGCAACAUUAAUAACUACCCACAUAAAUAAAAAUAUAAACUUUAAUGGGAAUAUAGGAAAAAACCCAAAAAAGAAAGAAGAAAAUUUUCCCCCAUUUUCCAUAAAUCUAGGGUUUUCUGUUCAAAUUAUUGGGAAUUUUCCGACAAUUUCUUUGUCUGAUUCAGAAUGUCGAGUUUGGAGGAACCCCUCAGUUUUGACAAACUACCUAGCAUGAACACUAUGGAUAGAAUUCAGAGGUUUUCAUCUGGUGCUUGCCGACCCCAAGGAGAGGAUUUGGGCAUGGGAGCUCGCUGGAUUGAAGGAAGCAGGUGCAGCACAUCCAACAGUUGUAGUGAGGAUACUCAAGAUUAUACAGAAGAGGCUUUUCCUUGGGGGAGGAAAAAUAGGGAGAAGUCCCAUAGCAACUCUUUUGUAUGGAGGAGCUUAAGCCUAGGCCGGAAUCAUAUGGCUUAUGGGAACCAUGACAAGUGCACUCGUGCCAAAAGGAGCAAGGUUCUAAAUGACUUGUCAAAUUUUGUGAAGAUCGUGGAAGUUGGUCCACGGGAUGGACUGCAAAAUGAGAAGAACAUGGUGCCUACCCAUAUAAAGGUCGAGUUGAUCCAUAGACUAGUUUCUGCUGGAUUAUCUGUUGUUGAGGCAACCAGUUUUGUCUCACCUAAAUGGGUACCUCAGCUCUCAGAUGCCAAAGAUGUUAUGAAAGCAGUCUGCCAUGUGGAUUCUGCUCGUCUUCCUGUGUUGACCCCAAACUUAAAAGGAUUUGAAGCAGCUAUAGCAGCUGGUGCCAAGGAAAUUGCUGUUUUUGCGUCUGCUUCAGAAUCCUUCUCAAAGUCAAAUAUCAACUGCAGCAUUGAUGACAGUCUUGUUCGUUAUCGUGCUGUUAUUUCUGCUGCUAGAAAACUCUCAAUCCCAGUUCGUGGGUAUGUAUCAUGUGUGGUUGGGUGCCCAGUAGAAGGGCCGAUUCCUCCUGCAAAGGUGGCAUAUGUGGCUAAGGAACUGUAUGAAAUGGGCUGCUUUGAGAUAUCUCUUGGUGAUACUAUUGGCAUAGGUACACCAGGUACUGUUAUCCCCAUGCUUGAAGCUGUAGUGGCAGUUGUUCCUGUUGAAAAGAUUGCUGUGCAUUUCCAUGAUACUUACGGACAAUCUCUUCCAAAUAUUUUGGCGUCUCUGCAGAUGGGAAUCAGUGUGAUCGAUUCCUCGGUAGCAGGACUUGGUGGAUGCCCGUAUGCAAAAGGAGCAUCAGGAAAUGUUGCGACUGAAGAUGUGGUAUACAUGCUUCAUGGGCUCGGCAUCAACACUAAUGUGGACCUCGGGAAGCUACUUUCUGCUGGCGAGUUCAUCUGCAAGCAUUUGGGUCGGCUUUCUGGCUCUAAAACUGCUAUCGCUUUGGGCCGAGCAACAUAUGAUACCUCUAAGAUUUGAAAUUACAACUAUAUUGUAAAUGUAAUGGCCUCUAUAUGUAAUGCAAGUGUAUCAAGAGAAGAUAGUUCUUGUCUCAUUAAUUCUGAUAUUUGUAACAAUUUUUUAUAUCAUAAAUACUGAUCAUAAAUCAAGUUCAAUUUUCCUCA